AUGGCGAUGGAUCCCCUAAGCAGGAUGCUUAACUCCAUGUUUCCCAAACUCGAAAUUAGUCGGGAAGAUCCCAAUAUGUUGACAUACUCCACCAAUCAUUUCUUCUUUAUUGACGAUCUGAAAAUAGUUGCCCUCAAAGAAGAUGUGUUAGUCAAAAUGAUGGAGGCUGUUAAUGGAUUUUUUGAAAGUGUCGGCCUAGAGAUGAAUUCCGAAAAAUCAGCAUCUAAUGUGGAAUCUUUAUCAUGCUGUGAGACUGUCGAUGGAAUCAACGGAUAUCGCUACUUGGGUGUACUUGAAGAUGGCGGAAGUAAUGUUCUCAAGAAUAAAGUUAUGGACUCCAUAUUGGAGAAUGUCAAGAAGAGAUAA